AAUUUUUACAGGAACAGUAAGCAGACGCUGCGGUCGUUGCAUGCGUCGACUUCGUACGCUGCUUCUCCUCCCACCACCAUAAAAAAGAUCGAGCAGCUGCACCGACCGCCGCUGUGCUCCAGCACCUUUCGAUCGAUACGCGAAGCGGACGAGAAAGGGACGGUCGGAUUCGCCUCGCUUAUGGACUGCGACCUCCUCCUGCUUCCCCGCCAUUCUCGAUCCCUCCGCUUCCUUCCCCUCUCCGGCGGUGCUCCUCCCUUCUCCGGCCGCUCCCUCGCCCUCGCCCUCGCCCUCGCUCGCUCUCCCUCUCUGAGCCUCGCCUGAGUCCCGCCGCCGUCGAAGUUGCGGCGUUGCGCCGCCGCUCGGGGUCAUGGGGCAUUUCUCCACCAUAUUCAAUGGCCUGGCAAGAUCAUUUUCGUUUAAGAAGGGAAGGAGCACUGGGGAUUGUGAUGUUAGAGAGGCCGCAGAAACCAUGGCAAAAGAGGCGAAAAAGAAUGACUUGAUACUGUGCUCAUCUGGCAUUGUAAAUGCCAAUGGCUCCGAAAACUUCGCUUCGGUUUUCUCUAAGAGAGGGGAAAAAGGAGCGAACCAGGAUUGCUGCAUCGUUUGGGAGGAAUUUGGGUGCCAAAAUGACAUGAUCUUUUGUGGGAUAUUUGAUGGGCAUGGCCCAUGGGGACAUUAUGUGGCAAAAAGGGUCAGACAGACGAUGCCACCCUCUUUGUUGUGCAAUUGGCAGGAGACUCUUGCUCAAGCUUCCCUAGAUCCAGAUCUUGACUUGGAAUCAGAUAAGAGGUGUCAUUGUUUUGAUAUAUGGAAAAGUUCCUACUUGAAGACUUGCGCCGCCAUUGAUAACGAGCUCGGGCAGCAUCGAAAGAUUGAUUCGUGCUACAGUGGGACCACUGCUUUGACUAUUGUCAGACAGGGGGAAUACAUCAUCAUAGCCAAUGUAGGUGACUCACGAGCUGUAUUAGCAACUACUUCUGAGGAUGGGAGCAUACUUCCCGUUCAGCUCACUGUUGAUUUUAAACCCAACAUACCUCAGGAAGCUGAGCGGAUAAUACAAUGCAAUGGGAGGAUAUUCUGUUUAGAGGAUGAGCCAGGAGUGCACCGUUUAUGGCUGCCAGAUGGUGAAUCACCUGGACUUGCAAUGUCUAGAGCCUUUGGAGAUCACUGUGUGAAAGAUUUUGGACUUAUAUCUGUGCCUGAGGUGACACAGAGAAACAUAAGCAGCAGAGACCAGUUUGUUGUGCUGGCGACUGAUGGGGUUUGGGAUGUUAUAUCCAAUCAAGAAGCAGUGGACAUUGUAUCCUCAACGCCAGACAGGAGCAAGUCUGCCAAACGCUUAGUCGAGUGUGCUGCCCAUGCAUGGAAACGCAAGAGGCGUGGAAUUGCAAUGGACGACAUAUCAGCCAUUUGUCUCUACUUCCACUCUUCCCCUCUAUCUCAGCAAGUUCACCCCAUCAAGUCUUCCGAAGUAACCAUGUGAGGAGCGGUUCAUCUAACGGGGAUCGCCACCCAUUCUAAAUUUGAUCCAAAAAGUUCAGAUCGUGCUGCUUUCACGCGCCCCCAAUGCAACCACGCAAGCCCAGCUGUAAAUAUAAGCCAAGUGUUAUAAUGUCGGCACUUGUGCUGACAAUUUCCUCUGCAUAGAUUAGCGCUCAGGCAAUCCCUUCGGCUUCUUUAAGGAAAUAGUAGCAGUUUUGUAGUUAAAUCCAUUUCUUUCACGCGCUACCGAUGAAGUUAACUGUACUCCUUUACGAGGCGGGGGUGGAACGUUGCAUCUUCA